AUGUCCAAGGCUGAGUCGCCAGCCCGUCGGGAGCCCGCCGCGGAGGCUUACCUGCAGGCAGCGAGGCAGCCACAGAAGCAGGGUCGAAGCAGGGCAAAGAUACCAAAGAUACCGGUUCUGGGCCUGGGCACCUGGAAGGAGGCUCCAGGGGCAGUGAGAGAGGCAGUGAAAGUGGCAAUAGAUGUGGGUUAUCGGCACUGCGCGUACCUGUACUACAAUGAGAGUGAGGUUGGAGCUGGGAUCAAGUACAAGGUCAGGGAGGGCGUGGUUCGGCGAGAGGACCUGUUCAUCGUCAGUAAGCUCUGGUGCACCUACCACAAGAAGUCUUUGGUGAGACCAGCCUGCUCCAAGACUCUGAAGGCCUUGGAUUUGGAGUACUUGGACCUCUACCUCAUACACUGGCCCAUGGGUUUCAAGCCCGGGGAAAUAGAUGUGCCCUUUGACCGCAGUGGCAUGGUGAUACCAAGUAACACCAAUUUCCUCGACACGUGGGAGGCCAUGGAGGACCUGGUGACUGCAGGGCUGGUGAAAGCCAUUGGCGUGUCCAACUUCAAUCAUGAACAGCUGGAGAGAAUUUUGACAAAACCCAACUUGAGGGUCAGGCCACUGACUAACCAGAUCGAGUGCCACCCAUACCUCACUCAGAGGAACCUGAUCAGCUUCUGCCAGUCCAGAGAUGUGUCCGUGAUUGCCUACCAGCCCCUUGGGGGUUCCAGUGGGGGGGUGGACCUGAUGGACAAUCCGGUGAUCCAGACCAUUGCACGGAAGCACCAUAAGUCUCCAGCUCAGAUUUUGAUCCGGUUUCAGAUCCAGAGGAACGUGAUUGUCGUCCCCAAAUCUGUCAACCCGAAACGGAUUCUUGAGAAUAUCCAGGAAGGUGUGUUUGAUUUUGAAUUAACAGAACAGGAUAUGAAUGACCUCCUCAGGCUGAACAGGAACCUCCGACUGACCAUGUUCCCCACAGCUGAAAAUCACAAGGACUAUCCUUUCCACAUAGAGUUCUGAGCUGGCUCCCACUCCCUGCUCCCCUACCGCCCAGACAAAUCCAGGGGUCUGAAGAGCUUGUCAGGCCCCGCACAGGGCUGGGAGGGACGGAGGCCGAGCUCCCGAGAAAUCCUCAGAAACAACGUGGGCCGAGAUCGAAGGA